GAGUCGCCUCUGUUGGCCACAGUAACGGAUCGAGACGGAGUCGGACCAGACGACCAUCACCCAGGAUCACAGGAUACAGUUCGGUUCGACAUGCAAUACACACUGAUCUUCAUAGCAGCCCUGCUGCUCAGCUUGGCCCAGGCCAGGCCCCAAGUGAGAGGACAGGCGCCGGGAGAACCCAUUCCCAUCAUCAGACAGGAGCAGGAGGUCAACUUCGAUGGCUCCUACAAGUAUCUGUACGAGACGGGCAAUGGGAUCAACGCCGAGGAGGAGGGCUACCUCAAGAAUCCAGGCACCGAUAAUGCCGGCCAGGUUGCGCAGGGCUCCUUCUCGUACACCUCACCCGAGGGCAUUCCGAUUCGGAUAACCUAUCUGGCGGACGAGAAUGGCUUCCAGCCGCAGGGCGACCACCUGCCCACGCCGCCACCCAUCCCGCCUGCGAUCCAGAAGGCAUUGGCCUACUUGGCCACCGCUCCGCCGCCGCCGCAAGAGCAGCCCGGUGGGUUCAACAACCGACGUGGUUAGGUAUCCACCUCGACUUCUACAAUCGAAUUACCUGGUUCUACUCAAUUACAAAACGUGUGCGAAUGAACAAUAAAACUGGCCAUACAACAACAAA